AUGCCUGUUCUGAAGGGAAAAGAUGACGUGCCGUUAAAAUUCGACCGCAUACUCUGUGAUGUAAUCUGUAGUGGAGACGGAACUUUAAGAAAAAACCCAGAGAUUUGGGGAAAAUGGACUCCACAAGACGGAUUAGGGCUACAUCGUAUGCAGCUUUCAAUUGCGAGACGUGGAGCUGCCAUGUUGAAAGUCGGUGGUCGAUUGGUCUAUUCUACGUGCUCUAUGAAUCCCAUAGAGGAUGAAGCGGUGGUCGCUCAAUUGUUACGAGAAGCUGAAGGAACUCUACGCCUUUGCGAUGCACAUCCGCUUUUGCCGAAACUCAUUGGACUCCGUGGUGUCUCAACUUGGAAGGUUUUUGAUCGAGAGAUGAAUUUGUACGGGAAGCCGUCCGAUGUACCGGAACCACUGCGAAAGAUGAUAUGUGAAUCUUGCUUUCCGCCUAAUGAAGAGGAAGCAGCCUCUCUCCAUCUGGAUUACUGUAUGCGCAUUGUACCUCAUCAUCAAGAUACAGGUGGCUUCUUUGUUGCGCUCUUGGAAAAAAUCGAUGAGAAGCCUCUCAACAGUCCUGUAACUGUGGGAGCUCCCGCUUACAAGAAGCAGAAGAUGUUCAAGGACGAGCCUUUCACUUUUCUCAAAAAGGACGAUGAACGGUGGUCCGAUAUCAAGUGA